AUGAGAGAGGGAAGGAGCAGCAGCCCAUUUGGGGUUCAAGAGCUAGCUGCAAAGGGCAUGGCGAGCUCGGCGGUCCCGCGGCCCCUCCUCGCGCAGCCCCCGGCCCGGGCCCGCGGCCGGAGCCAGCACCAUGUCGGUGACCCACGGGCCGGGAGCGCGUCGCCCGACUUGGUCCCUGACGUCUUCUGUAUGCGAGUGCGACUGGAGGAGACCGGAGAAAUGUUCCUGGUGACAAACUGCCGCAGCGACAUGACCGUGCGGGAGCUCAAAGCGGAGCUGGACCUGUUGGUCGGCAUACCCUUCAACCUCCAGCGGCUUCAGUACCUGGACCAAGGAGUUUUGAUGGAUGAUACUACAUUGAAGUUCCAUGAUGUUGUUCCUGGUGGAAUUAUUUCAUUAUGUAUCUGGCAUUAUGAUGGAUGGACGGAACUGGUUUUGGCGGCUGUGGAAGGGGACCCCAGUAAGCUAUCCUGUCUUGGUACUACUGAAGAUUCCUUCUAUCGAACUGCAAAUUCAGAACAUUUCGAAGGUGAGACGUGGAAGCAGUGGAUAUCACAGAGGGCAUUUGUGGCGCUGUAUGUGACCUCACACAGAGGACACAUUGAUGCUGUGCAGUACCUUCUACAGCAUGGAGCUGACUGCUUCAGCACAUCUCCCCUGGGCAGGACGCCCCUGCAUGUGGCAGCUGCCAUGGGCCGGUGGGACUGUAUGCGGCUCCUGCUUGAGCAUGGGGCCUCCAUCCACAACAAAGAUACCAGCGGGGAGACCCCCAUCACCGUUGCCCGCCGAAUGAACCGCAGGCAGAGUGAGCGGCGGAUGUUUCUCUUCCGCUGUAUUGAAAAGUCAGGGACAAAAGACCUGAACGACUUCAUCAUGAAUAAGGUUUUACAGAGAGUUAAGUCAGGGGUUGGGUCCAAGAAGAAGACCCAGGUUAGCUCCCAACGGGAACGUUUGCCCGCCAAAGCUGACCCGGAACUAAAUGCUCCUGCUGCUAGUAAUGUUCCAGAUGUUUUCCUGAGCCAUCGUGGAGCAGUCUGCUUCUUGGGCCAGGGGGCAGAAGUGAAGCUGGGCAGAG